GUUCACAUGCUCCAUUAAUAGCGCCACCACCUUCGCUUCCCCUCGUCAACUCACUCUUAAAGCACCGCCACCGCCUCCUCCGUCCCCCAUCGCAAUGUCAUUCCCUCACAGACGGAGAAAGGUCCACCUCCGCCACCCGGUGGUGGUGGACGUCGGCUGCAACUGCCGCAGGUCAAGGCUCGCGUCCAUCUUCUCCUUCCCCUCCUCCUCCUCUGCUUCCCACUCUUCCUCUUCCAAGACCAAGCUGAAGUCGACGGAGCUCUCCACCACCACUGCCACCACAGCGGGCGCGUCCUCGUGGGACCCCUCCUUCUCGUCUCCCUCGCCGCCGUCGCCGCCGGCGCAGCAGCAGCCGCAGCCCAGGAGGAACCGGAGGAGGAGGAGGAGGCCGAGGAGCAAGGAAGAGGGCCGGGCGGCGCAGGAGAGCGUGGCGGUGGUGAAGGAGACGUCGGAGCCGUACCACGAGUUCAAAGAGUCGAUGGUGCAGAUGAUCGUGGAGAAGGAGAUGUACGGGUGGGACGAUCUCAACGACCUCCUCCACCGCUUCCUCUCCCUCAACUCCCCCCGCCACCACCACCUCAUCCUCCGCGCCUUCGCCGACCUCUGGACCGGCGGCGUCUUCUCUCCGCCCUCCCCCCUCGGCGCCGCCUCCCCGCCGCCCUCCUACUACUGCUGAUUCACUUCAUCACCGCCCGACUCCCCGGCUUCAAAACAGAGCAAAACAGGGGAGAGCUGCUUUCUCCGCGCUAGCUGCUUCUGUACUUAGUGUGAUAAUUAAUUACCUAACGCCGUGUGAUUAAGUAGAUCUACGUACCGUCCGUGUUAAUUAAUUUCCUUGCUAAGUAAGUGUAACGGACUUUUACCUAA